CACCCGCUGCGGCUCCGCUCGAGCCGUCGGUGCGCCGGGCCGCGCCACCGCCGCCGCUCCGCCAUGUGGCUGCUGGCCGCCUCCGUGCUGCUCGGUGCCCUGCGCGCAGGUUCUGCCCAGUUGAUACUUUCUGGGACAAGUAUUGUAGAAAAAAGCGACUGUAAUAAAACCGUAGUUUUACCUUGUUACGUGACUAAUCUAAUCCAGAACAAUGAAAAUGUCAUGUUUGUUACAUGGACAAGCCAAGGAGUUAUAAUUUUUUCUUAUCAUGGAGGAACCAAGAAGGUUAAUACUCAUCCCUCAUUUUCGUCUGCAAGACUUCUAUCCCCGCCGGAAUUAAUCAAGGGUGUGGCCUCGCUGGUGCUUAACCGUAAACAAGCGACUGUUGGAAAUUACAGCUGUAAAGUAACAGAAUCAAACAGAGAAGGAAAAAUAAGAAUGCAACUUAUAGCCGUCUCAGGAUCAUGGUUCCUUCUAGUGGAGAGGGCUGUCAUCGUAUCAUUGGUGUGCUUACUUGUUAUUUUAUGUGCAGCUCAGUUAACUGUUAUUGGAUUAAAAUAUGAAAUUGAAUCUCAGAGGAAAGUGUGCAUUAUUGUAGCGCUUGUCAUCUUUGCAGUUGUAGCUGGUGUAGGUGCUGCUCUUUUUAUCCAAGAUGGCUAUACUGUACAGAAUCAGGCUGGUCUUGGCCUCAUUGUAAUCCCUGCUGUGAUUCUGGUACCACUUCAGUACAUCAUGUUUGGAAUUGUUUUUGACAGUCUACUGCAGGCAACAUUGGCUCUGAUAGGUUUAAAACUUCUUGGAUUUAUAAUUGCUGUAGUUGGUUUUGCACUGUGUGUCGCAGCCUGUCCUCCAUUACAUGGUUCUGUUCUGAUUGCUGGCUCAGCUAUUAUGGCUAUUGCAAGUUUGCUUAGUCUGGCUUACGUGUUUAUUAUGGGUUCCAGAAUGAAAGAUCAUCCUCGCCCGGGGAAAGCUGUAGAAGAACCACUAAAUGAUGCAAAAGGAGUGAUGUUGGAAUGAUGAACUGCAGAGUUAUGUGAUGCGUAUAUAAAAAGUACACCGUUGUUGAUACACCGUGGCCUUGAAGAUGCACUACUCAUCGAGAAGAAAUUCAGGACUCUAGUUGUUUUGCAUGUGUGGCAAAAGUGCUUUUGAUAUAAAUGACAUAAUUUUAUAGUCACAGCAGCUGUAGCAAGGAACAUAUGUGUUUGCCCACAUGUGAUCUUUAUUUUCUUUUGUUAGGGUGUAUAUGGGAUGGUUGAGGGUGAGACUAUAAAAAGCGCUAUUUGCCCAGUACAGAGUCUCCCUGCAGUAAUCCUUAGUGGUAUUAUUUUCAAAAAGUAUCAUUAGUCACUGCUUUGAUAAUGGGCCUGCUGAGCCCAGAAAUUGCAAUACCAUUUAGACUAUUGUUUUCUUUAUUUGUGUGCAUGGACAAAGUAUGGUUUAUGUGUAUGAUACAAGCAGGAAGUAGAGAUUGUACAAAUACAUAUUUUCUGACAUUCAUCAAAUUUUUAUUAAAGAAAUACAAAGUUAGUCACAAAGUUGCAUAAGUACAAAGUUUAUUCCCAGCUCUCUUGAAAUUAUUAACAAAGUUCUAAUUCCACGAGAUGCUAGUAUUCCUCUCUGUGGACAGUAGUCAUGUGUGCUCUGGUGGCUGAUAUUUUUGUCCAGUGAGAGGGCUCUCAGUGCCUCCUCUGUAUCCUUUGAUGAGAAACUGCUUAGCUGUUGGAGCCUAAUUCAGCACUGGAAUUACAGAGCACAGGAGCUGGUAAUCUUAAUGCUGAAUGGGGUUCUUGUGUGUGUUCAUGUUGUGCAGUGUGUGGAAUUGGAAGCAAUUUCAGGCUUUCUUAACUCAGUGAAUUUGUGAAAGUUGCGGAUGCUUCAUAAAAAUAGAAGUUUCCUAUUUAGUAUAUUUUUGACAGUUUAAAACCUUGUUUUCUUGAAUGGAAAAGAGCUAUAUAAUUUCUGGCCCAGGUUUGUGUUGCUGCCAUUACAUCACAAAUACAUAGAAUAAAAAGUAGGAAGAGCUGAUGAGGAGUGAGGAAGCUCAGUUUCUGUAUAUAUAUCUAAUGGUAUGGUUAAAAAUCAGUUUACUAGGACUUGCACAUUCCAUGAGAUUCUGCUAUGUUUUACAGUUAUUUUGAGAGUUGUUCCAGUAUAGUUGGCUGCUCUUGGACUUUGCGUAUGCUUUGUAGAAAUCUUGACACUGUUUCCUGUUUGUACUAAGGUACUGUAUUUCAAAGGCACACACGGUUUUCUCCUUCUAACAAUUUAAAACUUGGUUUGGAAAGCUGUUGCCGAACAGUCACGUAAUAAAAUCCAUGUUUUUAAAGAUCCUGAGUAAUUUGGCAGUUCUCAAAAUUGAAUGUUACAAACCAAGGUUCAUAUCCAUUUUGUGGGUGCAUGUUGCAGGGAUUUGGGUCUCUGCACAUCGAACUCCGAGUCGCAUUAAGAAUUUAACAAAGCAAAAUUGAGGUGUCGUAUUUUACAGUAGGUGCUGUCAUAUCGUCCCUCUUGCCAAGGCUGCAGGAUUGAGCCAUUUAAAGCAAGCUAUGGGCCAGCCCUCACUGGGAUCAGUGGAACUGGACGCAGGGAAGAGGGUCACCCAUGCGAUAAGAUAUGGGAGAAACAUGUAUGGCUCUCAUUUACUGUCCUACUUUGCCAGUGGGAGUAUUCACAUAAGGUUUGAGCUCUUACAGAUGAAUCUUUUGGUGCAGGUUUUUCCAUAAUCUCAGUGAUACCGAACUAAAGAUGGGAGAUGGUGCUCCAUUACAAUUCAGUAUAAAAAUUUUUCUAAUUUAGUAUUGUGCAGUGCUCCCUGUGUAUAACUAGUGAUUCCCUCUGUCAAGUUGAAAGUCUUAGCAGCAGAGGAAUAAAAAACCAAAUUAACUGGAAUUCUGUUGAGGUAUUCUGCCUUAUAAAAGCAAUUAUGUAUAAUAGCUUUAUGUUAAUUUCUCUAAAGCAAACUGCAGCAGAACCCCCCUGUGUCACCGUGGGAUCAGGCGGAGCUGUUCCUAGGAAUUGUCAAGACCUGAGGAGCUCAGUGGCUGGCUAUGUGCUGCAGAACGCGGCCCCAGAAAUGGGAGAAACUCACCAUCCUGUUGCAUUAAGGGCUGGAUUUCUUGUAGGUGGGAAUUUAAAAGUGGGAGUUCAAAAAGUCAUUGGUACACCUAGCCAGCCCUUUCCCACCAGUAAUUUAAACCAAAGUUAUUCAUAACUGUAUGCUUUCAUUUGUGUGUGUACAUAUGUGUGUAUAUAUAAAUAUAUAGACAUUUUAAAUAUCUAUAGAUCUAUAGUCUUUACCCAAGAAACUGUUUUUAUUUAUGAAACAUAAAAUUAUUUUGUAAAUAUUGUGCUAAUAUUCUUAAAAAAUAAAGUCAUUUUAAGUUGUU